UGCGUGCGUGUCAUGUCAAUCGCUUUCUGUCGUGUCGCUUUCUUGUCAUGUUGUGUUGUGUUGUGUUUUGUCUUGUGUUUUGUGUUUGUGUGAGGGGGUGAUUGUUUUGUUUUCGAAUGUAGAAUUUUGUGAAUUAAGUAAAAAAUAUAUGUUAAGUAUAAUUUUAUCAUUAUUAUUGUUUCUGACAACAUCACAGCUUCAUUCAUGAUGGACUACGAAUUUAAAGUUAAAACAGCCAAUGAAAGAGCUAAAGUAGAAGAUUUGUUUGAUUAUGAAGGUUGCAAAGUUGGCCGGGGAACGUAUGGACAUGUUUAUAAAGCAAGAAGAAAAGAUGGAUCAGAUAGUAAAGACUAUGCAUUGAAACAAAUCGAGGGCACUGGCUUAUCCAUGUCAGCAUGCAGAGAAAUUGCACUCUUACGCGAAUUGAAACAUCCGAAUGUGAUAAACUUGAUAAGAGUGUUUUUGUCUCACAACGACAGAAAAGUGUGGCUCUUAUUCGAUUAUGCUGAACAUGAUUUAUGGCAUAUAAUCAAAUUUCAUCGAGCAGCCAAAGCUAAUAAAAAACCAGUUUUGGUUCAUAAAGGGAUGGUCAAGUCAUUGUUGUAUCAAAUUUUAGACGGAAUUCACUAUCUACAUUCUAAUUGGGUCCUACAUAGAGAUUUGAAACCUGCUAAUAUUUUGGUAAUGGGUGAAGGCCCUGAGCGAGGUAGAGUGAAAAUCGCCGACAUGGGCUUUGCUCGACUGUUCAACGCGCCACUGAAGCCGCUGGCUGACCUCGACCCGGUCGUCGUCACCUUCUGGUAUCGGGCGCCCGAACUUCUACUCGGUGCUAGGCACUAUACUAAAGCUAUAGAUAUCUGGGCGAUAGGAUGUAUUUUUGCUGAGUUAUUAACUUCAGAACCUAUAUUCCACUGUAGACAAGAAGAUAUUAAAACUAGUAACCCAUAUCAUCACGAUCAACUUGAUAGGAUAUUCAACGUAAUGGGCUUUCCUUUAGAAAAAGACUGGGAAGAUAUUAAGAAGAUGCCUGAGCAUCCGACUCUUUUGAAAGACUUCAAGAGAUCCAACUAUUCAAGUUGCGCCUUGGUGAAGUAUAUGGAGCGUCAUAAAAUCAAAUCAGACAGCAAAGCGUUCCAUUUGCUUCAAAAAUUACUGCUAAUGGAUCCAAAUAAGAGAAUAACUUCGGAGCAGGCAAUGCAGGAUUCGUAUUUUCAAGAAGAACCUUUACCCACUCAAGAUGUUUUUGCUGGCUGUGCAAUACCAUAUCCAAAAAGAGAGUUUCUUUCAGACGACGAUCAGGAUGAUAAAUCGGAUAAAACCAGACAAAACCAAAAUAAUGGAGGUCAAGGCGGCCAGUCGGACCAGAACAACCACAACCACGGGCCGGGGGCGGCGAAGCGUAUGCACCUGGCAGGGCCGCCACACGCCGUCAACCAGGGGGGCCCCGCUAUGACGCAGCCGCCCCAACAGGACUUCCAUCACGUGACCCAGCAGAACAUCAUCUUCACCUCUGCCAACACCCAGCAAGCAAACUUUCCGCAACGUUUCUAAAGACUGUGUCCGCGAUUUUCUCUAUAAAUUGACAGGACAAUCAUCGAUUUUUCGACUUCGAUAUUAUCGGCGUUCAACCGUUGUGGGACUCAAUUCGGAACUAGGUAUUGUCGAACUCCGUCUUCUAGUUGAUAGUUAACAAUGACGAAUCAAUGACGUUGGUUACCACUCAACCAGAAACUUCACAAAAGUGGUGGUGGUAAGUAUCCGUACAACAUUUCUUUCAAUUACUUUCAAAUCUCUUGCCCUUUAAAUCUAACUAGACUCAUACUCAUCCAAUGUUAUUUAUCUUGUCCGUUCAAUUGUUUCGUUUUAAAUAUAUCCACAGAAAAUGUUAUAAAUUCUAUAAAGGUAUUUUAAACAUACUGUAUUAUGUUCUUAGGCAAUUUUAUUUAUUAAAAAAUAUAUAUUAUAUCACUGUCACCUUUUUUAAUUAUUUAAUCUUAUUUAUAAAUAUUAUAAAAUUAUUUAUUUUGACGUGAAUCAAGCUGAAGUCAAUUCUGUUGUUGAGCAUUUGAAAACUUCAUGAAUAGGUAACUUUUUGAAGAUUAUAAAGCUUCAUUUACUAAGUCUCAAGGAAUUGAAUAUUGCUAAUUGAUUUAGAAUGACAAGUAUUCAUAGAAUAUGAUAGUAUAAUUCUUUCACAAGCCUUAAAAAUAAUAAAAUGAUAUUGAGUAUUAUAGAUAAUUAAUAUAUUGUAUGCAUAAUGAAAAUUCCUCUGCUGAC